CGAGCCCGGCCCGGCCCCGGCGGAGCCCCAGGGACGGAUCCCUCGGCUCUCAGCAGGAUGAAGUUAAAAGAAGUGGACCGAACAGCCACACAGGCAUGGAGCCCUGCCCAGUGUCAUCCCAUUUACCUGGCUACAGGAACAUCUGCUCAGCAGUUGGAUGCAACAUUCAGUACCAAUGCUUCCCUGGAGAUAUUUGAAUUAGACCUGUCUGAUCCAUCAUUGGAUAUGAAAUCUUGUGCUACUUUCUCUUCUUCCCAUAGGUACCACAAAUUGAUUUGGGGACCUCAUAAGAUGGAUUCCAAAGGAAAUCUUUCUGGAGUCUUAAUUGCAGGGGGUGAAAAUGGAAAUAUCAUUUUGUAUGAUCCUUCCAGAAUUAUUGCUGGAGACAGUGAUGUUGUGAUUGCCCAGAAUGACAAACAUACAGGGCCCGUGAGAGCCUUGGAUGUGAACAUCUUCCAGACUAAUCUGGUAGCCUCUGGGGCUAAUGAGUCUGAAAUCUACAUUUGGGAUUUAAAUAAUUUUGCAACUCCCAUGACACCUGGAGCCAAGACACAGCCCCCAGAAGACAUCAGCUGUAUUGCCUGGAACAGACAGGUUCAGCACAUCCUCGCUUCUGCCAGUCCCAGUGGCCGCACUACCGUUUGGGACCUUAGGAAAAAUGAACCCAUAAUCAAAGUCAGCGAUCAUAGUAAUAGGAUGCACUGUUCGGGAUUGGCUUGGCAUCCUGAUGUUGCCACCCAAAUGGUUCUUGCCUCCGAAGAUGACAGAUUACCUGUGAUUCAGAUGUGGGAUCUUCGGUUUGCUUCUUCUCCACUGCGUGUUUUGGAAAACCAUGCAAGAGGAAUUUUGGCCAUUGCCUGGAGCAUGGCAGAUCCUGAGUUAUUGCUGAGCUGUGGAAAAGAUGCCAAAAUUCUGUGCUGCAACCCCAACACAGGAGAGGUGCUGUAUGAACUUCCCACCAACACACAGUGGUGCUUCGAUAUACAGUGGUGUCCCCGAAACCCAGCCAUCCUCUCCGCCGCUUCCUUUGACGGACGCAUUAGCGUUUACUCCAUCAUGGGAGGGAGCGCAGACGGCCUGCGGCAGAAGCAGGUCGACAAGCUCUCGUCAUCGUUUGGGAACCUUGAUCCCUUUGGCACAGGACAGCCCCUUCCUCCGCUGCAACUCCCACAGCAAGCCCCCACACAGGCUGUCGUGCUGCCUUUAAAGAAGCCGCCAAAGUGGAUCCGGAGGCCUGUGGGGGCUUCGUUUUCGUUUGGAGGCAAGUUAGUGACGUUUGAGAACGCGAAGCCGCCGCCGGGAGCAGAGCAACAGGUGCAGUGCCACCAGGUGCACAUCAGCCAGGUGGUCACCGAGAAGGAAUUCCUCCUGCGCUCCGAUUACCUCCAGCAGGUCGUGCAGUCCCAAGGCUUUGUCAGCUAUUGCCAGAAAAAAAUCGAUGCUUCGCAUACGGACUUUGAGAAGAGUGUUUGGUCUUUUUUGAAGGUCAAUUUUGAAGAUGAUUCUCGUGGAAAAUACCUUGAACUUUUGGGAUACAGGAAGGAAGACCUGGGAAAAAAGAUUGCUUCAGCUCUGAAAAAAGGAGAAGGGCCUGACCUUGUUCUUAAAGAUUCUGACCACCUGGCACCAAGUGAUGGUCAAGAGAGCCGUGCUGCUGAAGAGGACUUUUUUGGAGGGAGCACCGAAGAGGAAAAUCGAGAGAGUGACGUUUCUCCGUCAGCUGGAGGAACAUUUAACAUUUCUGUCAGCGGAGAUAUUGAUGGCUUAAUUACGCAGGCUUUGCUGACUGGUAAUUUUGAAAGUGCAGUUGACCUUUGUUUACAUGAUAACCGCAUGGCAGAUGCCAUUAUAUUGGCCAUAGCAGGUGGACAAGAGCUCUUGGCUCGAACCCAGAAAAAAUACUUCGCAAAAACUCAAAGCAAAAUUACCAGGCUGAUCACAGCAGUGGUGAUGAAAAAUUGGAAAGAGAUUGUUCAGUCCUGCGACCUUAAGAACUGGAGAGAAGCUUUAGCUGCUGUCUUGACUUACGCUAGGCCAGAUGAAUUUUCAGCUCUUUGUGACCUGUUGGGCGCCAGGCUUGAGAAUGAAGGGGAUCCCCUCCUGCAGACGCAGGCGUGUCUGUGUUAUAUAUGUGCUGGGAACAUAGAGAAAUUGGUCGCGUGUUGGACCAAAGCCCAAGAUGGAAACAGCCCCUUGUCACUUCAGGAUCUGAUUGAGAAGGUUGUCAUCCUCCGCAAGGCCGUCCAGCUCACGCAGGCAUCAGAUGCUAAUGCCAUCGGGGCCCUUUUGGCCGAGAAGAUGAGUCAGUAUGCCAGUUUGUUGGCAGCCCAGGGCAGCAUUGCUGCAGCGCUGGCUUUCCUCCCUGCCAACACCAGCCAGCCAAAUAUUGUGCAGCUCCGUGACAGGUUGCGCAGGGCACAAGGCGAGCCUGGGUCUGAGCAGGGAGCAGCCUCUCGGGCUCUCUAUGACAGGCAACACGUGGGCAAGGGAGGACCUGGGCCUGCUGCGGGCCAGACGCCGGGGCCACGGGCUCCAACCCAGCAGUACUAUCCUCAUGUUAGAAUUGCCCCUACUGUCACUACCUGGAGUAACAAAACUCCUACUGCCCUUCUCAGCCAUCCACCUGCAGCCUCUCCCUCUGACACACAGGGAGAAAAUCCUCCACCUCCAGGUUUCAUUAUGCCAGGACCUGGCAAUCCUAAUAUGGCGAUUCCACAGUCCACCCCUUCUGGCCACAUGUUCGCACAGGUACCAUCUUAUCCACAGCCACAGACCUAUCAACCAGCUCAGCCGUAUACAUUCGGAACAGGGGGACCAGCGAUGUAUCAGCCACAGCAGCCCACCCCCCUUCCUGCUUCAAAUGCUUACCCUAACCCUCCUUAUGUGCCCUCUGCUUCUUCCCAUUCUGGGCAGCCUCCGAUCUAUGCAGCCCAGCCCCAGGCCUCACCAAAUUCUCCCAGCUCUAUGUCUGCUUUCCCUCCUCCCCCUUCUGGAGCGUCCUUCCAGCAUGGCGGGCCAGGCGCUCCACCGUCCUCUACCGCUUACGUCCUGCCUCCUGGAUCCACAGGUACACUGCCUGCUACCAGCGAGCUGCCUGCAUCCCAAAGAACAGAAAAUCAGUCUGCUCAAGACCAGGCGUCUUUGCUGGAAGGACCUCAGAAUGGUUGGAAUGACCCACCAGCAUUGAACAGAGUUCCCAAGAAAAAGAAGAUCCCCGAAAACUUCACACCGCCUGUACCCAUCACUUCGCCAAUCAUGAACCCUCUGGGUGACCCUCAGUUGCAGAUGCAGCAGAUGCAGCAGCAGCAGCAGCCCCAGCAGCCCUCUGUUCCGGCACCGCUCUCAGGACAGGCUCCAUUCCAACAACCGCAUCUCUCGGGGAGCCAGCCCAUCCUGCAGAACCCCUUCCACGGCAUGCAGCAGCCCCUGCAGCCUGCCAUCCCACCAGCUUUCUCAAAGCCCAGUACGGAGGGUGCCCCGGGAGCUCCAAUUGGAAAUACCAUCCAGCAUGUGCAGUCCUUGCCAACAGAGAAGAUUACCAAGAAGCCCAUUCCAGAUGAGCAUCUCAUCCUGAAGACCACGUUUGAGGAGCUCAUUCAGCGAUGCCUCGCCUCUGCCACAGACCCGCAAACGAAGAGAAAGUUAGAUGAUGCCAACAAACGUCUGGAAUUUCUGUAUGACAAACUGAGAGAGCAGACACUUUCCCCAACGAUCCUCAACGGUCUGCACAACAUGGCAAGGAGCAUUGAAACUCGGAACUACACGGAGGGACUGAGCAUCCACACGCACGUCGUGAGCAACAGUAACUUCAGCGAGACCUCGGCCUUCAUGCCGGUGCUCAAAGUGGUUCUCACCCAGGCCAACAAACUGGGUGUCUGAGGGACAGCUUGGCCGCAGCCCGCGGUGCCGCUGUCUCAGGAAGGUGCCAGCUGCGGACCAGGCGUCGGUCUUCACUAGCAUGCUUCUGUGGCCAUUCGGUCGAGAUCCUUUAUGCUGUUUCUGCCAAUAAACUCACUGUAGAGCGGCUCCGGGACACCCCAUGCUUUUCUUUAGUUUAAUUUCUCAUUGCUCAUAAUGAUUCCUCUUCUCCGCAGAGAGUAGAUUUCCUGGGUUACGCAUAGUAUGGUCUACUAAAGUAAAUAUUGUACUAAUAAAAUGGUUUUUAAUACUUUGAUGUGCUGUUUUAAAAAGAGCUUUCAGUUACACAUUAAGCAGAGGUUAAAGCAAUUUUACUCCACAUUGCCCCACUUCCUUGAUAUCAACCAGAUUCAAAAAGUAUAAUCUUAUGUAUAUCUAGUGUUUAGUUGUUUUUUUUUUAAAUUGUACCCCAAAAUUUAGUUUAAUCUCACUUUUGGAGAGGAAAAAACAUUAUUUUGGAUCAGAGCGAAUAACCAAAAUCCAGAAGAUAAUAUACGGGUUUCAGUACAUAGGAAUUCAUUAUAAUACAGUUAUGUUCAUACUUCAUAAAUCUAUGGUUUCAUCUGUGUGAAUGCUCUAUUUACUGGUAUAGGUUACAGCCUCUCCAUGCCUUGGUAAAGAAUUUGUUGUUUUAGAGAAAACAAAACCAUCCCUUGAUGGUCAGCACUGGAGUGCUCAGUCACUCUAAGCUUGACUGGGCUGGGCCGGGCCUGAAAUGACUGAUAGAUGUUAAAAUAUGCCUUCAGGAAAACGAAGGUUUCUAGAGUUAAAAAUCCAUCUCGUGUCGAGCUAUUGCAACGUAUCUCUGGACUCUGAGAAUUCUUGGUCCCAAAAUAAGUGUUACUAAUAAAUUUUGUUCAGCUUUUCACUUGA